AUGGCUGCCCCCGCCCAGAAGUUCAAGGUCGCCGACAUCUCCCUGGCUGCCUUUGGCCGCCGCGAGAUCGAGCUCGCCGAGAUUGAGAUGCCCGGUCUCAUGUCCAUCCGCCGCAGAUAUGGUCCCGACCAGCCCCUCAAGGGUGCCCGUAUUGCCGGUUGCCUGCACAUGACCAUCCAGACUGCCGUCCUCAUCGAGACCCUCGUUGCCCUCGGUGCCGAGGUUACCUGGACCAGCUGCAACAUCUUCUCCACCCAGGACCACGCCGCUGCCGCCAUUGCCGCCGCCGGUGUCCCUGUCUUCGCCUGGAAGGGUGAGACCGAGGAGGAGUACAACUGGUGCUUGGACCAGCAGCUCUCCGCCUUCAAGGAUGGCAAGAAGCUCAACCUCAUCCUCGACGACGGUGGUGACCUGACCUCCCUCGUCCACGAGAAGUACCCCGAGCAGCUCAAGGACUGCUACGGUCUGUCCGAGGAGACCACCACUGGUGUCCACCACCUCUACCGCAUGCUCAAGGAGGGCAAGCUCCUUGUUCCCGCCAUCAACGUCAACGACUCCGUCACCAAGUCCAAGUUCGACAACCUGUACGGUUGCCGUGAGUCCCUCAUCGAUGGUAUCAAGCGCGCUACCGAUGUCAUGAUCGCCGGUAAGGUUGCCGUUGUCGCCGGUUACGGUGAUGUCGGCAAGGGCUGUGCCGAUGCUCUCCGCAGCAUGGGUGCCCGCGUCCUGGUCACCGAGAUCGACCCCAUCAACGCCCUCCAGGCUGCCGUCCAGGGCUACCAGGUCACCACCAUGGAGGAGGCUGCUCCCCAGGGUCAGAUCUUCGUCACCACCACUGGUUGCCGUGACAUCCUCGUUGGCCGUCACUUUGAGGUGAUGCGCAACGACGCCAUUGUUUGCAACAUCGGUCACUUCGACAUUGAGAUCGACGUUGCCUGGCUCAAGGCCAACGCCAAGUCGGUCCAGAACAUCAAGCCCCAGGUUGACCGCUACACCAUGGCCAACGGCCGCCACAUCAUCCUGUUGGCCGAGGGUCGUCUCGUCAACCUUGGCUGUGCCACCGGCCACUCUUCCUUCGUCAUGUCCUGCUCUUUCUCCAACCAGGUCCUUGCCCAGAUUGCUCUGUUCAAGGCCGAGGACGCCGAGUUCGGCAAGAAGUACGUCGAGUUCGGCACCACCGGCAAGAAGCCCGUCGGUGUCUACGUUCUCCCCAAGGCUCUCGAUGAGCAGGUCGCUCUCCAGCACUUGGAGCACGUCAACGCCAAGCUGUCUCAGCUCACCCCCGUCCAGGCUGAGUACCUUGGCUUGGAGGUCACUGGACCUUUCAAGGCUGACCACUACCGCUACUAA